ACAGUAAAGGCAAAAAAAAAAAAAAAAAAAAAAAAAAAAACUUGAACCCAAUAUUAUUAUUCUCCUUUUAAGCUUCACAUGAUCCAUCCAGUAAUUUCAUUUCAUUUCAUUAUUCUAAAAGAGGAACACACACACAGAGAUCUGAGCCGCCUGUGUUCCUUUACAACAACUACACCAGCAAGAUGAUUCAUUCACCACAUCAACAUCAUCUUUCUUAUUCAACUCUUUCCAUCGAUUCAGAUUUGUGGGAAUUGCUUUAGUUUAAGACCCAAAUAGGGGUUUUUCCAAAUUUGGGGUUUUUGAGUUUUUCCGAAUGUGGAGCAAGAUUAGGGUUUGACAAUUGGGGAUUUUGAAUUUCUGAUGGUGUAUAGAAAAUUGGUGAAUUAUUAUUAUUAUUUAUCUUAGUUGAAUUGGUAAGAUUAAGAACUAAGAACUAAGAACAGAAAGGAUUAAUGGAAGAUUAUUCUAAGUAUUCCCAUAGUCCUGCUCAUCUAGCGGUUGCUCAACGAGACCAUACCGCGCUUAAGAAACUUAUUACUACCCUCCCACGGUUGGCAAAAGCGGGUGCGGUUAACACCGAGGCUGAAUCAGUAGCUGCUGAGCUUGAUGCGGAUGCGGUUUCAGCGGUAAUUGACCGUCGUGAUGUUCCCGGAAGGGAAACGCCUCUUCACCUUGCGGUGCGGCUCAAGGAUCCGAUCUCGGCGGAUAUUUUAAUGGCGGCUGGUGCGGAUUGGAGUCUUCAGAAUGAGAACGGAUGGAGUGCGCUUCAAGAAGCUGUUUGUAACCGAGAAGAGAAUAUAGCUAUGAUUAUUGCUCGGCAUUAUCAACCAUUAGCUUGGGCUAAGUGGUGUCGUAGGCUUCCCCGUAUAGUAGCGUCGGCUAACCGUAUACGUGAUUUUUACAUGGAAAUAACUUUCCAUUUUGAAAGCUCGGUUAUUCCGUUCAUAGGAAGGAUUGCGCCUUCGGAUACUUACCGGAUUUGGAAACGCGGGUCGAAUCUACGGGCUGAUAUGACUCUGGCGGGGUUUGACGGGUUUAGAAUUCAACGGUCGGAUCAGACUUUCAUGUUUCUUGGAGACGGGUAUUCACGAGACGAUGGUAGCGUGUGUUUGUCUCCUGGUUCUUUGAUUGUUCUUUCACACAAAGAAAAAGAAAUAACGAAUGCGUUAGAGGGUGCGGGUGCGCAACCUUCCGAAGCCGAAGUGGCUCAUGAAGUUGCGUUAAUGUCGCAAACCAACAUGUACAGGCCCGGGAUUGAUGUGACACAAGCCGAGCUUAUUCCUCAUUUGAAUUGGAGAAGACAAGAGAGGACCGAACUUGUGGGACCCUGGAAAAGUAAGGUGUACGAUAUGCUCCAUGUGAUGGUGAGCGUGAAAUCAAGGCGGGUCCCAGGUGCUAUGACCGAUGAGGAGCUUUUCUCCAAUGAACAAGGUGGAGCGGAAAACGGAGUUGAUCAUGAUGAAUACGAUGACGUUUUGACACCUGAAGAAAAACGGCAAUUGAAUUCCGCUCUUAAAAUGGGGAACUCUGAAAAUGUUUGUGAAGAUGAAGAACAAAUCAACAACGAAAAUAGUGAUUCGGGUUCGUUCGAAAACUCCGAAUCCAACAGUAAAGAUAAGAAAAGCUGGUUUGGUUGGAACAAAAAGGGUUCGAAAAACAACGACCCCGAAGAUUCAAAGAUUCUAAAGAAGUUUUCGAAACUUAACGAAACUCAAAAACUAUCAUCUGAAACUGUAACAGAGGACAAUGGUGACUCUAAGAAAGCGAAAGAUAAAAGUGCUAAAAAGAAAAAGAAAAAAGGAUCAACAACAGAUCUUAAGACCGAAAGCGAGUACAAAAAAGGGUUGAGACCCGUUCUUUGGUUAACACCGGAUUUCCCGUUAAAAACAGAUGAGCUUGUGCCGUUACUUGACAUAUUAGCCAAUAAGGUGAAGGCCAUCAGGAGAUUAAGGGAGCUUUUAACCACUAAACUACCUACCGGUACCUUCCCCGUCAAGAUUGCGAUUCCAAUUGUGCCGACAAUAAGAGUACUUGUAACAUUUACAAAAUUCGAGGAGCUACAAGCCGCAUCAGAAGAAUUUUCAACACCGCUUUCGAGCCCAGCUCAUUUUCAAGAUUCAAAAUCUAAAGAACCGGAGGGGUCAACAUCAUGGAUCUCAUGGAUGAAAGGGAACCGCGGUGACCAGUCAAGCGACAGUGAGGGUCGCAGUUUCAGAGAUGAAGCGGACCCAUUCAACAUACCGACAGACUACACGUGGGUCGAUGCCAAUGAGAAGAAACGUAGGAUGAAGGCCAAGAAAGCCAAGAUUCGGAAACACAAGAAGAAAUCUGCGGCAGCAGAUAGAAGCACGGAAAACGGCACAAGCACAAGGCAGGUGAGUGAAGAUUUGGAGUGAUUUGAUUAUCGAUAUUUAGGGUUGUUGUUCGAUUGAUUGUUGUAUGCAAUCGUCAUUUCCGGUGAUGGUUUGUUCCAGUAGUUUUGGUAGUUUUCUCAGGAACAACUUCAACAUGGUGUAUUACUGUUUAAAUUAUAUAUUAUUAUUGCCUUUCAAUUUCAAACAA